AUGAAAAAGAUUGAUCAUCCAAAAAAUGAGAGGGAAAGCGAGAGUGAGGCAGACGGACAGACAGAGAACUAAGGUAGUGGCAUACUUUUUCACCAAUUUUCCUGAGGAUUGGAGCCAUGUAGAAAUGUGGGGAACCUUCAAGAAAUUCGGCAGGGUCCUUGUAAUCUAUAGCCCACCAAGGAAGGACAGAUCUGGAAAGCGCUUUGGGUUUGUGCGUUUCCUGGAUGUCAGAAAUGAAUGGGAACUGGAAAGACAUCUAGACCAAAUAAGGAUCGGCAAAUACAAACUGUGGGUGAACAAGGAGUUAAAGGAUCUUGUAGAGCUGGGUAAAGAUUGGCUAAGUCAGUGGUUUCAGGAUGUCAGACCAUGGUCAUCGGAAGUAAUCGCAAGCGAAAGGUUCGUUUGGUUGAGAUGCCAAGGAGCUCCUGUGCAAGCUUGGGGGGAAGAAUUCUUUGCAACCAUUGCUAUCAUUUGGGGGAAAUUUAUAUGCUUAGAUGAUAGCACAAGUGGACGGAAAAGAUUCAAUAUUGGAAGAUUCGUCAUUUCAACAUCUGCAAUGGAGUUUAUUUCAAAGAAACUCCAAAUAAAGGUGGACGAUGAGGAAGCCAUUGUAGAUGAACUGGUUGAAGCAAUGCAAACUGUCUUCUCAAGUGAUAGUACUCACAAGAAAGAUGAUGAUGUGGCAGCAAGAGAUACAGUGGUGGAUGAAUCAUCGGUAAAUCUUCCCGUCCACAUGAACGUUGUGUGUCAGGCUUUUGAAUCAAACUUUGGGGAUACAAAAGCAAGUACCUACCAGCCACCUAGAAGCAUGGGAAAUGAAUCAGGAGUAGGGGGGAUUGUAGCUGACAGCUUGUUGGAGACGCAAGUGAUGACUUGCAUGGGUAGGAGAAAGGAUUCAAAAGGGGGACUUUGUGUUGAAAAUGGGCUUGAGAAAUUAAGUAUUCAAAAUGGGCUGGAUGAGGAAAGCCUAGCACCUCUUUACAAUUCAAACAGGCCAAUAGAAAAUAUAAAUCCAAGAUUUGAUGAAGACACUUGCGAAGUCUGUGAGGAAGCCCACUCUAUCGAGAAUCAAGCCAAAAUGGAUAAAAAGGAGGAUUCUAGAGGAAGACAAAGAGGAACAUUGAAUAGAGAAUCGUCUUUCAAAUCUGAUGGAGGAGUGGAAAGAGAUUCAGAAAAAUCCUUCUGGGAAGGACUUGAAAGUGAUUCAGGAAGGCUCGAAGAAUGGAUGGAAAGGAGAAAGAGCUGUGGUCCGAAGAAAAGAAAGGUUAGAAAGGCUCGAUCUCGUGCAUCUGUGUAUAGAAGUGCUCCUAUUAUAUUUCGACAUGCAGCGCGAAAUGGAAGGAAGAAGAAACAGCACAGAAAGCCAGGUUCGAAAGAUAAAAUUCCAGUUUUUUUCAGCAAAGACAACAAGGUGGCAAGGGAAUCAAUUGGAGACAGUGAAAUAACAAACUGCAAUAGAGAUAUAUCGAAGGAAGCGGAAUUGGGUGGGGCAGCGAAAAUAUGGAAUAUAGCCAAGAAAAUUGGGGUGGUGGCUGUGGGCAACGAGUGUGAAGUUGUGCAAUAGCUGGAAGAGAUGGAACAAAGGGAUAAGAAAGGAUGGAAAACAGAGGCAAAUAUGCAUGUAGCUAGUGGGAGGAGAGGUAACACUAAAUCCCAAUGAUUUUAUUAUCACUAAAUGCUAGAGGAUUGGGGGGGGGGAUGGGAAGAAGAGGGAAUUGAGGGAAUUGUUAAUAAAAGAGAGUUGAGUUU